AUGGCCGAUCAGAACAGGCCCGUCACCGGCUACCCCGCUCCGCCUGCUUCCAACGGCUAUCCUACCAACACUGCCACUGCAUACCCUUACGUUGCACCGCCACCACAGAAUCAGGGCGCAUACUUCAACGUUUCUGCCAACCCUUACUACUCCGAUCCCUACGCCAACCAACAACGUGCCACCUUCAUCCGCCGUAUCUUCGCUGUCUUUAUUGCUUGCAUUAUCAUCAUCGGGACCAUAGUGUUCAUCAUGUGGCUCAUCCUCCGCCCCCAAGUCCCUCAGUUCCGUGUAGAUACCCUAACCCUAUCUAACUUCAACAUGUCAUCAAACUCCCUGAUUUCCGGUACUUGGGACGCUCGUUUCACUGUACGUAAUCCUAACUCAAAGAUCGUUCUCUACUACGAUCGCAUCGAAGCUGCCGUCUUCUACAAAUCCGAAUCGAUUUCAGAGACAACAGUGCCGCCUUUCGCACAGGGAAAGAAAAAUGAGACGACUGUUCGGGCAACAUUCGUUUCCUCGUCCGCCUAUGUCGAUGAUCGGAAUGGUAUCAGUAGCGAGAGAUCUCGUGGCACGGUAGACUUCAAUUUGAGGAUGAUGGCUAGGGUUCGGUUUAAGGCUGGUGCUUGGUGGGCUAGACGGCGGAUUCUGAAGAUUUUUUGCCCUAAUUUGUCAAUUGGGGUUUCUACAAAUAGCUCCGGUGGAUCUUUGUCUGGUGGCUCCAAGAACUGCAGGGUUGGUCUGUGA